UUGCCUAUUUAUCAACACUCGUCACCCCAAACAAGUGAAGCAAGGGCACUCAUCCGACAGUUGCAGCUAUGGCGCGUCUACUGCGCUCAAGUUUCAGAGGACUUCUCACCUCUCAGAUCAGAAUGUCAUCUGAGGGAAGAGAUGCUGGUGCGGUCAGGGCAGCAGGAGGAGCCUUUGGGAAGAAGCAAGCAGCAGAUGAGGAGAGAUACUUCAGGCAGAAAGAAGCGGAGCAGCUAGCAGCUCUACGUCGCCACCAUGAGGAGGAGAUCGAUCAUCACAAGAAGGAGAUUGAAAGACUGCAGAGGGAGAUUGACCGCCACAAGGGCAAGAUCCGCAAACUCAAGCACGAUGACUGAACAACCUGACCGCCACCCAGCACACACACACACACAGGGCCGCUGACAGCGUUUGCUGGGCCUGGGACGAAGUCACCUGAAAUGGCCCCCUACCCAAUAUAUACAAUGUAAUGGGGACCCAAUUCUUGGGCCCCUAUUUCUCUGGGCCCAAGACAACAUACCCCUUUGUCCCCCUCUGUAGGCGGCCCUGCACACACACAUACACACGCACACGCACGCACGCACGCACGCACACACACACACACACACACACACACACACACACGCAGAUGCAUGUAUGCAUGCACGCACAUACACACUCGGUCACUCCAAACUCAUUACUUUCCUGACGCACUAUGCCAAAUGUGCCAGCUGCCUGCAUGGCAGCUGAAAUGAUCAUGCUGCAUUACGAAUGUUUAUGCCUAGUUGUAGUCAUGAAUAAAGUAUAAUAAAUAAGAUGCUUUUCCAAACCA